GGCUGUGAGGGCCUGGGAAUCAUCACAAACAGUCUUAGGAAGCGGGCGGCGGCGUUUGGUACCCACACGUGCCCUGGGAGGCGGAAUGUGUCGGCGGGAAGGUGCCGCGGUGCCUGGCGGGGAGGACGCAUAAUUGUCCUCCGGGGCGGCGCGGCUCACGGCCCGGCCAGCGGCUCACCCCUGCCGCCCCCUGCCCUCCGCCGAGGCCCUGCCUGCUCCCGGGGGCGAGGGGCGGCGGGGGGCGUCCUGCGGGGGUGUUCCCUUGUGCUCGGCGGCGGGGGAGGCUGACCCUGACAGACAGAGGCCGCCCGGCGCGUACCCGCGGGUGUUCGCGCCGGCUGCCGUUCACUUGCUCUUCCUGUUCUUUCUGUUUCCUGUAUCACAAUUAACGAAGGAAAUAAUAGAUGGAGGAAGAAGGUUCCGUGGACUGCUACUCCGGCGGUGAGGAGGUUGUGGAGAACGGGAAGGGCCAGAAGGCUGAGGAGCAGCAGGAUGGCGACGAUGUGGUAGAUCUGGAGUGCGACAACCGAGACGUUGAGUUCACCGAGGAGAUCAUCAACCUGGAUGACAAGGACUCCAAGGACGCCAAGAAGGAGGGAACCGACAAGGACGAUAAGGACGAUGAUAAGUCCAAAAAGAAGAAGAAGCUGCCGUCCAUGGAGGAGGACAUUGGCAUCACCACCUUUGCCGGGGAGCACACGGGCUUCUUUGGCAUCAUCAAACAGAGGUACUCAGACUUCCAGGUGAACGAGGUGGACAGCCAGGGGGAGAUUAUUGCCGUCACUAAUCAGAUCAUACCUGACGACCCUGAGGAGAUACCAGACAUGCCUGAGAAAGUGCCCGAGGAGCUAGACAUUGUGAAGCUGCGGGAACUGGACAGGUUAUUGGGGAAGCUCAAGCCCAAGAAGGAGGCUGAGGCGAAGGAGGAGGAGGAGGAGGAGGAGGAGGAAGAGGCAGACAAGGAGGAGACAGACAAGGAGGAGGCAGACAAGGAGGAGGCAGACAAGGAGGAAACCAAUGCCAAGGAAGAAGUUAAACAAGAAAAUGAGGAAGAUGAGGAGGAACAGGAAGAGAACGAGGCAGAGGAGAAUGCCACAAAAGAGGAUGAUGACAGUAAGAAGAUUAAGAAGGAGGAUGCAGAGAAAAAAGUAGAUGGAGAGAAGAAAGAGGACCAAGAGCAGGAGGAGACCAAAGAGAAGAAGAAGGGGUCAGAGGUUGAACACCUGCCGUCACUGACUGAGGUCUGGAUCAACGUGGACCUUGCCACCCCGGAGGACGUUGCAAUGGUGCAUCAGGCCAUCAAGCACAAGUACCGUGGUGUGGACACUCUCUACGGGGAGACUCCCGAUGGGGGAAAGUAUGUGGUGGUGCGCAGGAGGAAAGGUGGUCUUCAGAAGGAAAGAACACCCUGGCCCAAGAACCAGAUGUACACCACAUUUGUACUCUUCAAGGAGAAUGUAGAGACUGUGGAGGCCAUCAACCAGAUUGCAUGGAAGGCCAGGGUGAAGCCAAGCUGCUUUGCCUAUGCUGGAACGAAGGACAAGCGAGCUAAAACCAGUCAACUUGUGUCUGUCAAGGAGGUGUCGCCGCAGCGGCUGUGGUUAGCCACCAAGAACCUCCGCUCAGUGCACAUUGGAAACUUCCACUUCACUGACAAACCUCAGAGAAUCAACCUCCAGUAUGGCAACCACUACAGGAUUGUCCUAAGGGAGGUUGAUGGGACAGAUGAUGAGGUGUUAGAAGCUGUUGAGUCUUUGAAGACUAAAGGUUUUAUCAAUUUCUAUGGCACACAACCUUUUGGCAACAACAGCGUCUUUUUGCGUGGUGUUGGUUGUGAAUUACUCAAAGGCAACUGGCAACAGGCGGUGAACAAGAUCCUUGCCCCACGGGACUCGGAUGUGCCGGACCUGCACCGCUGCCACACCACCUGGAAGGAGACGGGGGAUGCAGAAGCCGCCCUUAAGAUGUUAUGCAAGGGCUGGGAGGCCACAGUUGAGUCCCAACUCCUGACCGGCCUCGUCCAGCAGACCGGCAAUGACCUGGUGGAGGCACUCAACAGGAUCCCACGCACCACGCGCUCCCUCUACCUUCAUGCCUACCAGAGCUGGAUCUGGAACACUAUUGCCUCUCGCAGGGUCAAGAAAUAUGGCCUCAAGGUGCUACCUGGUGAUAUAGUGCGCCGCAAGGGCUCAGAUAUUGAAGAAAUGGAAGAGGACCACACAGAGACAGAGGGUGAGGAGGGGAAGAGUGGAGACGAGGGUGAGGUGAAGACAGAGAUGGAGUCCAACGGCCAGAACAUGUCUGGCUUCCACUUCCUGACCGAAGAGGAAGCUGAGACAACUGACAUAACCGAUGUUGUGCUGCCUCUCCCCGGCUACAACGUGGAAUACCCCAACAAUGAGAUCAAGGAGUGGUAUGCCGAGCUUCUGGAGGCUGAUGGCCUCUCCUUCAAUGCCCUCAAGCAUGAAAUAAACAUCUGCAGGGCAUACGCUGCACGAGGGGUGUACCGGCGGAUGGUGGUGGUGCCCACGGCCGUGACUGGGCGAGUGUGUUGCUACAGGGAUGCCACCAAGCCCCUCCUACAGUCAGACAUGGACAAGUUGUGGUCAGUCAAGGUGGAAGACAACAUUCUCAAAGAGGGUCCAAAUAAGGCUGCUAUUGUGGAGAUGACUCUUCCCACAUCUUCUUACAUCUCUGUUGCUCUACGAGAACUGCUCAAGCGAGACACCUCGUGGCAGUUCCAGGCCGCUCAGAACAUGCCCAGUAAUGUGAUAGACCGUAGCAGAGACUUGAGUCGGGGUGGCCGUGGCCGCGGAGGGCCCUGGAGGGGUGGCGACCGGGGCUCUUGGAAGCCUGCACCUUGGGCCAACACCUGGAGGGAUGAUCGCUCGUCGGGCUGGCAGCAGGGCCGAGGUGGGAGGGGCAACUUUAAUCCUUGGGCAGAUCAGGGAAGUUUCAGAGGCCGUGACUAUGGUUGGAACAGAGACCGCAUGGGGUAUGGGGCCCACGUGACCAGCCCUGGAGCCUGGGGGCGGGGAGACAAGCGUCCCUGGAGGGGGGGAGACAACUGGGGCAACAAGAGAGGGAGGUAUUGAGUGCAUGGAAGCUGAAGUCGCAAGAGCAGGGCAGAGCUGUUCUGCAGAUCAUGAGUUUGAUGUCCAUAGGCUGGUGUUGUCUGACCUCAUUGUACUUAUGUAUUGGUCUGCAGAGGCAAUCAGAGAGGCAUAGAUGUUCAAAAAUUAAUGUAUUAAGUUGAAAUGAUUGAAUGUUUCCUGACAAAGAACUGACUUUUUUCAGAGCAUCUCUCACGUUUAGCAGAGCGCUAGUCUUGUAAGGAAAGUAAAACUAUCUUUGAGUUGUGCAUCAUGCAACUAGUUACAGUAUAGCAACUCUUGAUUAUCAAAAGUAAUAUGACAUUUUGAAUUUGUUUAUUUUAACUUUUUAAAUGUCAUUUUGAGGCAAGCAUAGGAAGGCUUUAUGAAUAAUAGACUUGAUAGACUUAAUUUAAAUUCAACUUCUUUUUUAUACUGACAUUAUGCUGUUGACUGACUUUGUAGUUAGGUCAGUCAAAUGAUACUCAGAUUAUGUAGAUCUUAUGAAAAGAUCAAGUGAAAGGAGCUAAGUUCCAAGCACCAAGUUUGUAUAAGUUGUGUAUUACAUGAAGUUCUUGAAUGUUUACAUUUUAAGAAAGAAAUAAUCUCUUUUGUCUGGUAAUUUUAGGCAAAUAUUUGCAACAUUUAAUGAAAUCAAUAAUCAUGUAUGUAUUAAUAAAUAUCCUUGUUUUGCUACAACACCAAAGGGUGCUAAUGAGACCCAGGGGCAGGCACAUACCUUGUACUACUGCACAUAGAAUUUCUUAAACAGGUACAUGUUGCCUCAGAGCAACAAGCAAACGUCUUAAUUGACCCACUGUAGGUGAUAAAUUUUGGGUGUGCAUUUUAUCUAAAAAUGCUGCAGCUGCGGCUCAGCUUAUUGUGCCACCUAAAACAAUCAGGUAAGCAUUACUCAAGAACCAAUGGCAAGAUAAGUGUCAUUGCAAUGGAAAAAUUAGACAGUUGCUGGAGGGUCACCAAUGACAUAGAUAUUGACUACCCUGUUUAUAAUGGUGCUGUGGUUGUGUGGGUGAUUUUUCCUAGACAUGGUCCAUCUAGGGGCAAAAGCCUUAUGUAGGGUAACAAGGGCGGGAAUUUCUUGAGUCAACUUGGAAUGCCUUUGUGGGAAGUAAAUUUGCGAGUUUGCUUAAUGACAAUGCCUUUAAUAAUUCUUUACAAAGGGUCAUUAAAGGACAGGAUACUGGUGACCAGAACACAAACUUAGAAGUUGAUUAUGAACAUCCUAAUCCUUACAUAGGGAGGGUGGAAAGACUGACCCUCAUUAAGCAUUAGAAAGUUUAAUAUAAAAAAAAAAAAAGUUGUUUUAGAGCUCUUUCAGUGCAUACUAUUUGCAGGAGCAGCACUUGGUGCGCCCCCCCCCCCCCCACCACCAAAAAAAAAAAAGACCUUAUGGUGGUCACUGGCCAAAACAUAGUCGCUGACAUCAUUCCAUGGCCUAAAACAUUAGGUAAUCUGGCAAUGGCUUUCAGGUCAGAGUGCAACCCUGCGUAAUGAAUUCUGCCUUUCAAACUCCCAUAUAAUUUGUUUACUUGCACUAUUUGCUUCCAUCCCAAACACAGAAUUGCCCCCUAGGUCAGCCCCUUCUUUUUAAUUUCACUGAAGUAGAUUUUUUUCACACCUGUCUUAUCCACUUUUUAUUUUUUUUAUUUUUAUUUUUAUGCCACUGCAGUCUUGGGACCCUAUCUUUUAGUCAGCCGUUAUCUGAUGUAUACUCAUACCUCUAACAAUUUAAUUCCUGCAAAGAUCCUGAUCAGAAUGUUGUGCCCACUACCCUCAUCCUCUCUUGGCCAGGAUAGGCAAGAGUUACAUAGCAGGGCACCAGGAUUCUCUCACAGACCCCUAAUUGUCUCCAUGGAUAACUGUUUUAAUAAGGAAGAUGUUUGUAACUCAACAAACGUUACUUUUCUACCUUAACAGCAACUACCUCCAUAUCCAGGUAUGACACGUAGAUAAUGGAACACUCCUUUGAGCGCUUCACUAAUGAUGUGAGCAUUGCAGGCUACUUUUUCAAUUUUUGAAAGCGAACAAUGACACCAAUGAGAGGUGGCACCAAAGCGGGGACUCAAGCCCCAAAUUCUCUCAUCUUAUUGAUCAUUGGCAGCAUAAGACAUGGGGGUUAUGGACUUAUAAGCUUCUUUUUUUGGCUAGAGCACUUGUUAGAAUGGUCAUGUGACCUUUUUGACUUCCUUCCCAGUUUCUAUUAAGUGUUGCAACCAGAAUUAAGCUGAUAAAAUUGAUAUAUCGAUCCAGUUACAGAAAUCAGUCAUGUAAUGUUAUGCAUGUAAUAUUCCUUGCAUAACAGUGGUCCCCAAUUAUCAAGGGAUUUUUAUUUUUUUUUUUUUUUUUUUUUUUUUUUACGUCCCUGCCUAUUGCGCCGGUAGGCUUGCUUGAGGGGCCUAGAUGGUAUUCGGCCCCAGCCCGUCAUGGCCCAGGCAAGUGUUUAUAGUGGUGCCAUCUUCUCUUGGCUCAUGCUGCCCACCGGAACUCGUUCUUGAUUCUUGGACGGUUUCCUCUAGAGUCCAGGUUGAUGGGUGGUCUUCAGGACAGCAUGUGGGUAGUUUUAAGCCACUUGGCGGUGACUGAAAAAUCCGAGGUGGUAGCGUGGGGAUUCGAACUCGUGUCGUCCAUCACGUGGUGAAUGUGGGCCCAGCACGCUACCACUUCAGCCACUGCCUACCCGGUUUAGUUAUCUUUGAGUGGUGCCUCAGGCAUUUACUAUGGCACCAUUGAACAUUAUGUGCCAAAGGUGUACAAUGUCCUUACAAAGCUGAUACUGAUCAAUGGGUAGCCAGCAGACAAUAAACACUUAAGGUGGGUAGAUAAUAUUACUGAAAAUUAAUCAUAGAAAGGAAGGAGUGCAUAUUACCUAUGAACCUGUCCCAUAAAUUGGACUGAAGAUUUGAAUUCUUCAAGUAUCUCAUAUGAUGGAGAACACUGGUGUGUGGUGGUUGGUACAAGAGGACCAAGAUAAAACUUUAAGCUUCUGCUGAUCACCUGUCAGUAAGGAGGUGCAUGGAUACAAAAUGAAUUUGUAAGUGAGGCAUUUUGGGAGAACACUGUGUAUUUACCUAGUUGUGAUGUACAGGAAGUGAGCUCUGAUUGUAAGGUCUGUCUACAUAGCUCACAUAACAAAUUUAUCUUGAAAUUCUUCAGUAUUCUUGGCUUAGGUUAUCUCCUUCUUGAGGUUGUUCUAGAUGAAGCUUCAACAGCGUAAAAUUGUUUCUUGCUAUUCCCUUGUUUUGGUUAAUCUCUUACCAUGACCAUUCCAUUACAGUCUCAUACAAACAGGUUAUCUGUCAAUUGUUUCCAUUCCCUUUAUCAUCCUGUACACUGCAAUCAAAUCUCUUCGUUAUAUUCUCUCUCCCAGUGUCAGCAAACCUAUUCUUUCCAAUCUUUCUUCGUAUGUCAGGUCUCAUAAGCUUAGCAUUUUAGUUGUUGCUAAUAAACUCAAAAUUACUCCUUAUAGACAUGACCCCAUUUCCCACACUAGGUUCAAUUCCUGUCGAGAGUUGACUUGUUUUGAUAAAGAUUCCAGACACCGGAAGAACGUCCUCUCUUUGCAACGGUGCGCCAUGGUUGUGUGUGUGUGCAGUAAGAACAAAACUUGCUGCCACAUCCUCUAGGUGAAGAGGUUAAGUCCUGCAGUGGACACCAAACCACUGCACAUUAUUAUCCUUUUAUCUGCUCUGAGUGGUUAGGUAAGGGUUCAGUGAACAUGUAAGCAGAUCAGCAUUGGGCAGUGUAGAUGCCAAUACUGGGAACUCUUGCUUUACCAGUAUAUAUAAAUAUCAAGUGAACACUCGCCUGCUUCAUAACCAUCCAGUGGGAUGUUCAGAAACUCGUACAUAACAGCUAGUGUUGUAGUGACUAUAGCCAUAAGCAAAGUGGGUAAGUGUGCUUCAUAAACUUAUAAUUCUUCUGGGGACUCAUAAUGUGGGGCAAAAAACAUUGCUUAAUUUUAUUAAAACAACAUCCUUUGAUGCUCAGAAGAAAAAAAAUUUUUUUUACAAAAUGGUAGUCUCUGUAAGACUCCUUCAUGAGAUUGUAAAGGUUAAACUUUGAAUAACAGUAACACCCAUUACUGGUUCCACACACACACAGUUUUCACCAAUUUAUUCUCUCUUACCCAAGGAACUUCUUCAAUGCACACUUCAUACACACACUACAUAAACAGUUUGAACUUUUCUGACCUUAAAAUAUUGGAAAAUUAUUACAAGACUUAUUGUAUUCAUAAAAAAAAGUAAAUUUGCAUAAAAAAAAAAAAAAAA